UAAUUGUUUCUUGAUAUUAUUCUAAUAUAUAUUCGUUUAUUUGUUUCAUAUUAACUUAAAUUAUUCAUUAUAAUCUUUACCUAGGGGUAAAUAGAGAGAAAAGUGUCAUUCCUUAGUAUUAUGUAUCCAAAGUCGUAGAAACUAAUAAAAAUGAGUAAGAAACCGAUUUCGUUUGGUAAAAUAAGUUUCAAUUUGAAGAAAGACGCCGAUACCAACAAAAACGAUGAACAAACUGCCUCAGGAUUUGGCACUUUUGGACGUACUCCUAUACAGGAGCAGAAAGAAAUAGAAGAAAUAGCUGAGGAUUUGGAGAACCAGCAUGUCCAGCAAGUUAUGGGCAUCAAGAACUUCGGUAAGAAAGCGAAGAAUUUCAACAUAGAAGAAAUGAUGGAGCAGGCAAGAAAAACUGCUUCUGAAGUGAAUAAAAGGAAACUGGAAAUUGAGGAUAGUAAGAAAGCUGUGGAGACAGAGGAAGUACAUGAGAGUGAUGAUGAGGAUUUAAUAGGUCCUCCUCUACCUCCAGGAUUGUUUCAAGGUGCUCCAUCUGAGACAGAUAAAGUAAGAGAGGUGGAUAAAAAUAAAGAGGAUGAAAGUGAUGAGGAUAGUUAUGAUGAAUUGAGUGGGUCUGAUGAUGAAGAAUUAAGCUUGGAGAAACGGAUACCCAACACACAUGAGGUGGAAAUGCAGCAUGGUACGAAGGCAGUGGUGGCACUGGCUGUGGAUCCAUCUGGUGCCAGAUUAGCCACAGGAUCUAUUGAUUAUGACGUCUCUUUCUGGGAUUUUGCUGGUAUGGACUCAUCUCUUCGUUCCUUCCGGACGCUCCAGCCAUGUGAGAACCAUCCUAUUAAAGCACUACAGUACUCCGCUACUGGAGACUCCAUCCUGGUGGUGAGCGGCUCUGCCCAGGCUAAGGUUUUGGAUCGCGACGGCUUCGAAGUCCUGGAGUGUGUUAAAGGAGACCAGUAUAUAACGGAUAUGGCAAGAACAAAAGGCCACACGGCUUCUCUAAACAGCGGAUGCUGGCACCCACAUAUUCGAGAGGAAUUCAUGACCUGCGCCCAAGACGGUACCCUCAGAUUGUGGGUCACAGAAAACCCCAAGCAGCACAAGGCAGUCAUAAAGCCACGGCAACAAGGAGGCCUGAAAACUAGUCCGACCUCUUGCGUCUUCUCGAGAGAUGGCAAUACUGUAGCAUGUGGUUGUUACGACGGUUCCAUUCAAAUGUGGGAUCACAGAAGAAACUUCGUCAAUACAACACUAGUGUUAAGAGAUGCACAUCAAAAACAGUCGGAAAUUUCAAGUGUAGCGUACUCUUAUUUAGGUUCAUUCAUAGCCAGUCGAGGCAAUGAUGACACUUUAAAAUUAUGGGAUUUAAGAAACUUUAAGAAGCCUUUGAAAGUAUUCGACAAUCUCUUUUCGAGGUAUGAGCAAACUGAUUGUUCUUUCAGUCCAGAUGAUAGCAUGGUAUUCACAGGAGAGUCACUCCAGAAAGGUCAAGAUGUUGGUAGGUUACUGUUCUACAAUACGAAGACUUAUGAACCAGUUAUGCACUUAGAUGUAACAAAAUCACAUGUAAUCAAAUGCAUUUGGCACGCGAAAUUGAACCAAAUAUUCGUUGGAUGCGGAAACGGCGUUGUCAAAUGUUAUUAUGACCAGAAACGAAGCUUGAGAGGCGCUAAGUUGUGCAUCGUAAAGAUUCAUAGAAAGAAACAUUCGGUAGAAGUUGUUAGCUCACAACAGAUCAUCACUCCACAUGCGUUGCCACUCUUCAGACAGGAGAAGUUGCGUACGAGCAAGAAAAAGAUGGAGAAGGAUCGCUUGGACCCCGUUAAGUCUAGAAGACCAGAUUUACCCAUCACUUCCGGUCAAGGUGGCAGAGUUGCUGCAUCGGGUAGCACCCUAAGUUCUUUUGUUAUUAGGAACUUAGGGUUAAGUAAAAGGGUUGACGAUGAACAGGAUCCGAGGGAGGCCAUCUUGAAGUACGCGAAGGAGGCAGAGGAAAAUCCCUUCUGGGUCGCGCCGGCGUACAAGAAAACGCAACCCGAAACUAUAUUCCAGUAUAAUGAAAGUGAGGACGGCCCGUCAGAUGCUAAGAAACAAAAACAAUCGUAGAAUGCAAUGAAAUUAUUGUAAAUAAAUUAAUA